UCUCCAGCGAUUGAGGGCAUGUUGAGUGGGCUCCAAUCAAUUGAUUCAUAUCGAUCAUUUACUUUCUGAACUAAAAUACUUUCAGUCAUGUACGUCGGAGUUGUGUUUUUACUUACAUUUCUGCUCUAUUCCCAUGGAUCGGUAAUAAGACCGGAGCAGAUUCCAGUGACUGUACAACUGGGAAAAAGACUCAAGUUGAGUGUUGAGAAUGCAUCUAACUAUUUAUCUCUGCGCUGGCGUUUCAAUAAUGGACCUCCCUCGGAGAAAUGUGAAGAAUCAAAAUCAGAAUCAACAAAUAUUCUCAUCUGUCCGAACAUGGAUUAUUCCGACGCUGGUAUGUAUGAGUAUCAGGCCAUCAGAAAGGAUGGCCAGAAAGAAGUUCUUCUCGCUGUGAAGGCAGAGGUAGUCGCAUGCACUGAUACGAUGUCCCAGAGACAGCAGGAUGAAUCAUCCCACUGCUACUGUUCCGGAAUCACCGAUCAGUGUCACAUGACGCAGGAUCUGUUCAAAAGUCAGGUUGUGGCCAACGUGUCGGAGGUGGAUCUUGUUAGCUUAAAGAUAACAAGCGAAACCAUGAAUGAAUUCUACGAUAACGGUUCCGAACAGGAAUCAUGGACUUAUUUUUCGUUACCGGAGGAGUUUACCGGGAACUUGCUGAAUUCCUAUGGAGGAUAUCUGGAUUUCAUCGUUCACGAUGAUAACAUUGAUGCCGGCGGUCCGGAUGUGAUGUUGAAAGGCAAAGACUACGCGCUGGUUUAUUACAACUUGCGAGAACUGGCAAGUGAAGAGCUGAGCCGCAUAAAGAUUAAAAUGACCGAGAAAAACUGGCGGUUGCUUAAUGGCGAACCCCCUUCUAAGUUUAUUUUCAUGAAUGUUCUCUCGGGUGUCGAAGCGUUCUACAUUAAACACAGUGAAAGGUUAGGACCACAAAAUAUUGUAUUGGAUAGUGCUGAAAAUACUGACCGCGGACUUGGCAAGGUAGACACAGUGGAACAGUGUGAGUGCAGGGAAGGAUACAAGGGUAUGUCAUGUGAGACUUGUGCUCGCGGGUAUCGUCGCCGGUAUGCCGUUGGCGGUCAUGGCAUUUGUAUUUCGGUGAAGGAAAAGUUGAAGGCGUUAAAUGCUGACGGGGAGAAGUGGCAUCAGAUAAAAACCUUAUGGAAAUCCAUUAAAAAUUAUGAAUAAACCCAAGCUGUUGUUGUUAUGUUCAGUCACUAUCAUUAGACAUCAUUCUGUCAAGAAGAAUUAAUAGCUGAUUAACGCAAUAAAUUCAAAUGAACAAAU